UCAGUUGUUAUUUACAGGCACGGUGCUGGGAGUCGUCUGACAAAAACUCGAAGUGCUGACUAAUUAAACGCAAUUUAAAAGCUGAAAGUAGUUUAAGUGAAGCGUUAACCUCGUUGGAACCAGAAAAAGCUGUGGACUCAAUAUAAACAUUCCAAUUAAAGCCAAAAAUUUCUUAAAAUGCCCGAACAAGCCGCAGAUCAGGAGAACCAGGCUCCGCAGCAGCAGACAACAGCUGUGCCCGCUUAUAAUCCUGAGGUCCUGCAGGACAUGCUGCCCGUGUACUACAGACGCCUCUUUCCCCACCAGCCCUUCUACCGGUGGCUUUCUUAUGGGCUGACUGAAGAAGGCAUCUUUUGCAAUCGUGAGAUUUCCUUUACUCUCCAGGACGACAUCUACAUUCGUUACCUGUGCUUUGAGAGCCAAGCUGAGUUGGAAAAGGAGAUCUGCUCGAGGAAUCCUGUUAAGAUCGAUAUAGGUCCAGUGAUGCACACCAGACCCAAGAACCAUCGCACAGUUCCUGGCGGACUAACGCCCGUGCAACGUGAGCUCGUCUUUGAUAUUGACAUGACGGAUUACGACGAUGUGCGCACCUGUUGCUCUGGAGCAGGGGUGUGCCUUAAGUGCUGGAAGUUCAUGGUGCUGGCUGCCAGGAUAUUAGACGUGGCCUUACGGGAGGAUUUUGGUUUUGAGCAUAUUAUAUGGAUUUUCUCCGGUCGGCGAGGUAUCCAUUGCUGGGUAUGCGACCAUCAAGCUCGCCAUUUGGAUGGGCGUGGUCGUUUUGCGGUGGCUGAGUACCUGAACAUCAUAUCUUAUGUCAACUUUUCGGGCAGCAACUCGCCCAGAUGUCCCAUGGGAGAUCGCCCGCAUCACAGCCUAAAGAGAGCCUUGAAAAUAGCAGAGCCCAUGUUCGAGGAGAUCAUACUGGAAGAUCAGAAUCUGUUCGGCACACCAAAGGGUGUUAGCAAGCUAGUAAACAUGGUCCACGAUGAUCCGGCACGGGGCGAACUGGAAUCGUAUCUGCAAAAGAAUCUGGAGGAUGGAGCCCACUCGCGACUGGUGUGGGAGAGCUUCAUCAAGUACGCCAACUCCAUGCGAACCUCUACGGCAAAUGCAUGGAGCCGUAAGCUGAAGAACAUAGUACAGGAAGUGCAGCUUGGACUGCUCUAUCCUCGUUUGGACAUCAAUGUCACCAGGGGAUUUAACCAUUUACUGAAGGCCCCGUUCUGCAUACAUCCAGCUACGGGAAAGGUUUGUGUUCCAUUCAGUGUGAGUGCUGUGGCCAAGUUCGACCCCACCACGGUGCCCACGAUCACACAGCUGCUCCACGAAAUCAACGCUUUUGAUGAUAAGAGCAAGAGCUAUAUGGAGGCCCCGGAAGACAAGAGCCGCAUCAAGGAUCACAAGAAGACUAGCAUGUUCAAGGGUGUGGUAGUCUUUGAGGAGUUUUUGCGCAAACUGGAGCGCAGCCAGAAGUCAGCUAGCUUGCAGUUUUGAAUAUUAUAAUUUAAAAGGUAAGAUAAUAAAAUAAAAAUGGUUAAAUAUUUAAGUA